AUGCAGGAACGCCUUAUAGAAAAUGAAGCUGAAAGACGAAGGACAACCUCAGUAGUUUCAACAGAACGAUCAUUCCAAAUUCCUAUCCCUGAGCCUUACCCAUUUACUACUAAUACUAUUAGUACAAGUAAAUAUAAUUGUCUUACAUUUCUCCCAAAAAAUUUAUGAAAUCAGUUCCAUAAGCUCGCGAAUAUUUAUUUUUUAGUUGUGGCGGUCUUACAAUCAAUUCCUGCAAUAUCUGUGUCUGGAGGUGUUCCUAAUAUUUUAUUACCCCUUGUUUUUGUUAUGACAGUCAGUGCGAUAAAAGAUUUAGUUGAAGAUCUUAAACGUAAAAGGUCAGAUAAAGAAGAAAAUGUUAGACAAACCCAUAUUAGGGUGGGAAGAGACUGAAGGAAAGUCACAUGACAAGAAGUCAGGGUUGGAGAUAUCAUUCGUGUAAAAAAAGAUGAAUACUUCCCUGCUGAUAUUAUUCUACUAGCUCUCCAUACCAAUGAUUUUUGUUAAUUAUUUAUUUAAAUCUAGAUGAAUUUUUUUUCAUAGAUUAUUGGAAAAAUUUUUUUAAUUCAAAAUUUAAAAUUACUAAUUUAAUAGUUCUUUAAAUGAUAUUUGUAGUAAAUUAGUUAUAGCUUCUUUUGCAUUUUUUCAAUUUAUUAAGAAAAAUCUAUCUAUGAGGGCAAGGCUGGCUUCUUCUACAUUCGGAAAAAAGCGAAAUAAGCUAUAUAUAAAAAAAUUUUCUCAAUCAGAAUUUUUCAUAAUUUUUUGCUCAUUCCUAGAGUGGAAGUAAAUACAAGUGACGCAAAAGGAAUUUGUUAUAUCGAAACAAAGAACCUGGAUGGGGAAACUAAUUUAAAGCAUAAAUCAGCUAGUAAAGAUACCCAGACUCAUUAUGAAGAGGAUUCUAAAUUUGAUGGGCUAGAAGCAACAGUUAGAUGUGAAGGGCCAAAUCCUAUGAUUUAUCAGUUUAACGGGCUAUUAACAAUUUUAGACACUGUGCUAGUUUUAGCAUCCGAACAGCUUUUAUUAAGAGGAAGUUCAUUAAAAAACACUGAUUGGAUAACUGGAAUUGUAGUAUACACAGGCCACGAAUCAAAAAUCAUGCUAAAUUCUCCCAAAUCAAGGGCAAAAGCCUCUAAACUCGAAAGCCAAAUGAACAGACAAGUCAUUUAUAUUUUCUUUUUGCAGCUAGGCAUCUGUGUAUAUGCCGCCACGUUCUACGCAAUCUGGUUUGAUACCUCAAAAAGCGACACCGAACAAUACUUAGAGCUUGACAAAUCUAAUGACAACGCCGCCGCCCAAUUUAUCCUCCAAUUUUUCUCCUGAAUGCUAAUCUUUACCAAUUUUGUCCCAAUUUCUCUAUUAGUUACCCUAGAAAUGGUAAAAUUUAUCCAAGCCAUUUUUAUAGCCUGAGACCUAAAACUCUAUUAUGAGCCUACAGAUACCCCUGCAAAGGUCCAAAGCUCUAACUUAAACGAAGAACUCGGUCAAAUCAACUAUGUUUUCUCAGACAAAACAGGCACCCUUACCUGCAAUAUCAUGGAAUUCCGAAAAUUUACUAUUGACGGCAAAAGUUAUGGCUCCAAUAAGCGUACCCCUUUAAACGUCAAAAUGCCUCACGUCGAUUUCGUCGACCCAAAUUUCGAUAAAAAUCACCCUGCAGCCCAUGAUUUUUUAAUGCAUUUAGCGACCUGCCACACUAUUAUAACAGAAAAUAAAGAUGGAGAAAUAGAGUAUAAAGCGAGCUCGCCUGAUGAAUUAGCAUUAGCAAAUGCAGCCAAGUUUUUUGGGUAUAAAUUCUUAGGGAGAGACCAAGAUUUAAAUGUUAUUUUAGACGUAGAAGGGGAAGAAAUGAAGCUGAAUGUGCUAAAUGUCCUGGAAUUUUCAAGUGAUAGGAAAAGGAUGUCAGUUAUUGUGAGGAUGCCUGAUAAAAAAAUCAAGGUGCUUUGUAAAGGGGCUGAUUCGAUAUUAUUGCCAAGGCUGAAGCAGAGUGAGACAUUGGACAUGACGUGGAUGAAUUUGGAAGAGUACGCAAAUGAAGGGUUGAGGACGUUGGUGUUGACUUCAAGGGAUUUGACUGAAGCUGAGUAUGAUAUUAUGGGAAUAAAAAAAGUAUAUUGAUUAAUAGAGAAUAAUAACUUUUAUUUAUAAGAGGGUUAAUAAUUAUUAUAUUUCCUAUGAAGGUAUAAAUAAUAAGGCAGUAUGUUAUUUUUUAUAUAGAAAUUGAUAAAUAUAAAUUUAUAUUGAAUGGAUGCUUGUUGAUAGUUUCUAUAUAUUGCUUGGAAUGAAAAAUACUCUGAUGCUUUAAAAGAUAUCCACAACCGUGAAAAAAGGGUGGCCGAAGUUAGCGAAGAAAUAGAAACACAGUUGACUCUUUUAGGCGCCACUGCAAUAGAAGAUAGGCUUCAAGACAACGUCCCAAGAGGUUAGGUUAGGUUAUUAAGAGAAAGCCAUUAGCCAUACUGAUGACGCAGUCACGAAAGGCUUCCUGUAUUGGGAGGUUUAUCCACUUUGCGACGAACUGUUUGUAGGUCUAGCUGCAAAUGGUGCAGUUGUCUGAUCCUUACUUGAGGCUUCAGUAUUGAAUGGAAGGUUUAUGGCUUUAUUUCGUUACUAUGGGCAAGGUAUAACUUGAUUUAAAGGAAAGCUUCUUUCGAACAAACAAAAAAUUUUUAAUAUUGAAAUUUUGAUAUAUAAUAUAUUUAUUAUAAUGUAAUCACUUGUCAAUUCUGUUUAAUUUUAUAUAGAUUUAAAAUAUAAAUUUUACAAAUUAUAUUUGCUUUCAAUUUUUGCGAAAUUGGGAUUCUUAUUUUUCGAAAAAAAAAAAAAACAAUUUACUAAAAAUUUAUAUAUAUAAAUUUUUAAAAAAAAAUAAACCCCCUUCUUUGAGCGAACAAAAUUUUUUAUUCCCUUACUGAGGGAGGGACUUAGAGACUUUUGAGUGCUGAAGUCUCUUCCUACAGCAGCUAAAAAAGUCUGCUCCUUUAUAGCCUGGCAGAAACCCCGAUUUUUAGACGAAGAAGAAUGGCAAUUUAAUGCAUCACUAAAAACAUCCCAGAAACCAUCAAAUUUUUAAGAGAAGCUGGAAUCAACGUCUGGGUCCUCACCGGCGAUAAGGUCGAAACCGCCAUAAACAUCGGCUUUUCCUGCAAUUUAAUUACUUCUGAAAUGGUCAGAAUUAUCGUCCAGUCCGCUAGAACCCAAGAAGUCCAAGAAGAGCUUCAAAAAGGCAUUUUAUCUACUAAGGCUGAGCCAAGCUCAAAAUUUGUCUUACUCUCCCCCCCCCUUAAAUUGAAACAAAAAAUUUUGUUUCAAUUUAAAGGGGGGUUAAGAAAAUUUUUUUUAUAAACAAUUUAUAUAUAAAAAUUUUUUCAGAGAUAAAAUUUUAUAGAAAAUAAAUUAUAUAAAUGUAAAGAAUUUCAUGAAAAAUUAAUUCAUAAAUUUCUCAAUCUCAAAGUGUAAACUUGCUGAAAUGGUAUUCUUCUAACUCUCCCCAUAACAAUUGGACAAAAUAGAGUUUAAUUUCUAAAUCUUAUAUGCUUGAAGCAUAUUAAAUAGGGUAUUAACGUAUUUACAUAUAAAAUAAUGAUUUUUACCUAUAAAAUUUUCUAUUAUAAUAAAAUUUUGUUUCAAUUUAAAGGGGGGUAAUUUCCCCAAAAAAGUAGGAAUUUUACCUAUAUUUUGUUUCAAUUUAAAGGGGGGGAGUUAGUAAUUACAGGAGAUGCCUUGAUUAAAGCAGUCAGAGCUGAAAUAAAGCCAUUAUUAAUGGAAAUUACUGAUAGUUGUAAUGUAGUUCUUGCCUGUAGAGUAAGCCCACAGCAGAAAGCUGAUAUUGUUAAGCUUAUAAGAGACUCUAAAGCUAGUGCAAGAACUUUAGCAAUAGGGGAUGGGGCUAAUGACGUAAAUAUGAUUACAGCAGCCCAUGUAGGGAUUGGUAUCUCAGGAUUGGAAGGCCAACAAGCAGUCAGAGCAUCUGAUUAUGCAGUAGCCCAGUUUUCUUAUUUAAAAAGGCUUAUGUUUGUGCAUGGCAGAGAAUGCUAUAGGAGAAAUGCGACCUUGAUAUGCUACAAUUUCUAUAAAAAUGUGCUGUUAGUUAUGCCUAUCUUUUUUUAUGGGUUUUUUACAGUUUAUUCAGGCCAGCUGCUUUAUAAUCAAUGGACUUAUCAAGUUUUUAAUAUAAUUUUUGCAGCAUUGCCAAUAGUAAUUUACGCUGUAUUUGAUAAAGAAGCGGAAUAUGAAACUCUAGAAAAUGACACAAAUCACUAUAAGUUAGGCUUAAAAGGGAGGCUAUUUACCACAUCAGCCUUUUGGUUUUGGAUUUUGGAAGCAACUUUACAGGCUUGUGCGAUUUGUUUAAUAUCGAUAUUCGCUAUAUGUACAGUCUCAGGGGAAUGGGAGUCUGGUAGGAUGGAUUCGAUGUGGGUUUACUCAGUUUUAGUACUAGCACUUGUGAUUAUUGUGUGCAACGUAAAAAUUAUUCUUUUUUCUUAUAUUCACUUUUGGUUUUCUUUGAUAAUUAUAGCGCUGAGUAUUUUAUUAUAUUUUCUAGUAUCUGCAAUUAUUACUGAAUGGCUUCCAAUGGAGUCGUUUCUUGAUAAUUAUGACGGAAAAGGUAGUACUGCUAGGAUGCUAAAAAAUCCAAACUCUUAUUUGUGUAUGAUUUUAAUUAUACUUUAUAUAAAAAAUGUAAAUAAAUAUUAAUUAUUUUAGAAGAAAAUACCAUUCUUUUAUAAAAAGAUACUUAUUUUUGCUUUUUUAUGACUCCGUUGAUAUAUAAAGGUGUUGAACUGACUAAUUUAUUGAGAGGGAAAGUUGGUAAAGUCAAAGAUGUAGAAUUGCCUGAAGACGGCACUGAUAUAGAUGCAGAGGAAGAAGAAAGAAGGGAUAGAGUACUUAGCGAGUUGCCGGUUGAAGAUAGAUUACAAGCUCAAGAAAGCUUAUCCUACUUUAGGAGAAGACGUAAGUGAUACUUUAGACACUGGCUUUGCCUUCAGUGGAGAAGCUGGGCAUGCUCCGCAGUUAACUGAAAAUUUGAUAUACAGAACUUCAUUAGGAUGGUAG